UAUUCACCCUUUGCAGCUCAAAUUGUAUCACAUUACAAUAAAUAUCCAAAAUCUCCCCACUUUUACACAGAAAAUAUUGAAGCCCAAAAUAUAAUGUUCCAGCUUACAUUGAACAAUAAGAUGAUACUGUAAUUAUCAUGAGGUUUAAUUUCACUUCUACCAGCUCCUAUCCUCUGUGUUGUCAUGUGUGAUAAUCAAUGUUGUCCUGGCACAUGACCACUGGCCUUUUAAGCGCUGCACACGAUGUUGGCCUCAGUAGGUACAAGUCCUGCACAUAGAAAGCCCUCCUCCCACUAUGGAUCUCAGGCUGCUCCUCAUGUCUGCUGUUUUAUUGGGGGCUACUCUUACCCUGUCUGUCACGGACCGGCCAGCGCAGUGCAAAAUCAAAUGGACGUUUGGGAUUUUGUGUGAGGAGGUGUACAACAGGCUGGUGAGACAGAUCAAACUGUGGCAGAUCAGUACGAGCUGUCUGUACAGUGGAGAGAAGUGCUCCUAUGAGCUUGUGUCUACCUCACCCUAUCUCAUCAAAGCCGCGCACACGUCUCCCAAAACAAAGAGAGUCAACGAAAUGCAGUUUCUGUUUGAACAGUCUACGCUCUGCAAAGUGACAGGUGAUUCAAUGCUGGACACCCCAAAAGACCCAGAAGCCAACCGAACAAACUUCUGCAGCCUGCAAAACCUCAUGGAUGGCAGUGACCUGAUCAAUGCAGAAGGAUACACACAGUUCAGCAACAAGUGGAUCUGUCCCGGCUUCGAUAUAACCAACUGCAGUGUAUCUAUAAGAAUUGUUUGAAUAAAAUGUUUAUUAUUUAAUUUUAAUUGACAGACAAGACAAUUCAUGUACUCCAGACUGCUUUAAUAGUUUAACUUUCUUAAUUUUGUUG